AUGCAAUUUUGCUGCCUAAAACUCUCAAAAGUGAAAUCAAAUGGCAUGUUUUGUGUCUGCAGUAUGGUAUCUCGAUACUAAAAAAAAUGUAUAGAAUCAGAUGGUUUGACUGGCUGAUAUCGAAGUAUCGACUCGAAGAAUAUCGACCCGCCCAUCCUUAGUAAAAAGCUGCUAAUGCAGACGCCAUCGUUUCUGUUGAGCUAAAACCAGGAAGACUGAAAUAAGAGGUUCAAGGCAACCAGGGAUGGACUCCAGGUCAAGCAGACUUCCUUUUUGUUUGUCCAGCUCAAGGCCCUCGUACACAUCCAGCCCAUCAGUUUCCUCAUCGCUAGGCUCUAGUAGGUUGUACAGUAGGGAGACAGUGCUCAAUAAUGACCGCUUCCCCAGAGCAUCAUCACCUUACAAAGCAGACAUGGAUAGACAGAAUUCUCGACUCCUGAGCUCGUCAAGAGAUUACAGCAGUUCUGAAACUCGCUCCGCCAGCUGGAAGCUUCCUCCUUUGACACCCUCCAGCAGAUCUUACGACCGCCCAUGGGCUGAAUCAUCUCUCAGCAGCAGGAGCAAACUGACUGAUUCUGAAGGACGCGUGGGAAUCUGCUCAGGUUUGUUAAAUUCCACUGAUGAUGCUGAUUCCAAAAGGGCCAAAUUUUCAUGCAGAGACAGAGGUUUGUACUCAAGAACGGCCAGCACCUCCGUUACAGGAUCCGCUUAUUCCAGUAAUGGGUUCAGCAGUGGCAGAGGUGCCAUGGAAAAACAGGGUGACUCGUUUGAUUCAUCAUGGAGAUCGAGCCGUUUACUCUCACGGCCAUCAGCUGCUUCCCCAAAGCCCCUGUUGUCCAGGAGAGAACACGAGACAAAGAAUGAGCCCGGCCUCUCAAGUUUGGGAGAAAGACAAGUUAGGACUCCUGGAUUGGUUUCCGCUCUUUAUCAGACAGACAGGGUGAUGUCCACAUAUGCACAAGGAGCUCGCCCUAAAGAAACUACCUACUCUCCCUCCUCUUUUUCCUCUGCCGCCACUGCCAGAGAAAGCUCGCUGAAUCGUCACCUCACAUCUUCCACAUCUCAUCAGACUUCUCCUCUGACACGAGACUUCAGCUGCAGAACCACAUCCCGUUUCAUGAAUAGCUCAUCUACCCUCCACUCAUCUCAGGAGCAAACAGGAAACCGCAAAUCCUCUGAUAGCUCUUCUUCGUACUCCUCUCACACUCCCUGGUACAGCACCCCCAUUGCCACACCAGAGAGGACGCUCCCGAGGCCAGCUCCUGAAGUUGGAGGGCCAGAUGGUCGUAGUUCCACACGUCGCCUUUUGUCUCGUCUCUUUUCACGGCGGUCCAGCCAAGAUUCUUCCAGUGGCUCUUCCAGCGUUCUCUCCCUUGAUGAUGACAUGCCAUCAACUGGUGGCGAGUCCAUGGACAGCGACGAUGGAGCCAGGAUGUCUAGUGCAGAUGUUGAUGUUGGAGGGUCGGAGAGAACCUUGGGUAGCCUCAGGAAUCAUAGAGCAGACCUCUCACCUAUCCAGGAAAGACACAGCGAUGACAAUCGUAGUGGCCUCUCCCAGUCCAGAAUGGCGUCAUGGAGCGAGCCUGCCGUUAGUAGUAGUAAUAGCAACAGCAGUGGAGGAGGGAGAAGCUCUUCCUGGUUGUCUUCCUCCUUCCGUGGCCGCUGCCCUCCCCUCCUCUCUCGCCUCAGAAGACAUGCAAGGGAAGGGAGUACACACACUGCCUCUGGCUUAGAAGAGGGCUACAGCCAUCCACAGCACUUACUGAGAAGGUGGGAUGACCUUGAACACAAGGUAUCUCAAGAGGAUGAUGAGGAGGAGGAGGAGGAGGAAGAGGAGGAAGAAGAAGAUGAGGAGGAGGAAGGGGCAGUUGGUUUAGAGACUUUAGGUGCUGGUCAUGCUUGCACACUUGAGGAUGAAGUGUUACCUGAUCUCGAAGAUGCCUCUGUUACAUUCUCACCACGCCGCAGAGUUGGAGUAGUAGAAAAUAUUUCCAUUUCUAUGGGUCCGUUGGGGCGUGCUGGGAGCCAGCUGGAAGACCAUAAAGAGAAGACCAUUUCCAGCCGGGAUCAAGAGAAGCUGCGCAAGAUCAAAGAGAGACUGCUGCUGGAAGAUUCUGACGAGGAAGAGGGGGAUCUGUGCAGGAUCUGCCAGAUGGGGCAGGAGUCUUCUUCCAAUCCCCUGAUUCAGCCUUGCCGCUGCACAGGCAGUCUGCAGUAUGUCCAUCAGGAAUGCAUCAAGAGAUGGCUCCGCUCCAAAAUCGGCUCAGGGACAAACCUUGAGGCCAUCACAACAUGUGAACUCUGUAAGGAGAAGUUGCGUUUGAACAUCGACAACUUUGACAUUCAGGAGUUGUACAGGACACAUGUGCAAUCAGAAUAUGAUGAGUUCAUCAGCAGCGGCCUCUAUCUGGUGGUGCUGCUACAUUUCUGCGAGCAGAGGUUUUCAGAUGUCCUUGGAGCAGUCGAUUCAGCUGGGUUAUUCAACCUGGUGAGAAUUCUUCAUGAACACAUGGACAGUCUUGAAAUUUCCCACGAGGAAAGCGAUGAGGAGGCACAAGACAACCGACCGUCUGUUGACUUUUCCGACCUGGAUGACGAUCUUGAAGAGGAGUACUAGUCAUUUGAAUGUGUUGCAAGACUUUUCCAUGCCAUUUGGUAGCUCACUUAGUUUUUAGCACAUGCUUUGACAGUGUCAUUUUCAGUUUAAGUACAAUGGCAGUAAGAAAUGCCAGCUGCACAGAAAAUGUCUCACCUUUCUUGCAGGUGUCUUUUGCAAAUAUGCAAACUCAUAAUGAAUUGAUGUAUAAUGUAUUUUGGUUAAAACCACUUUAUUUCUGUUUCUCCGAGAGUGCACUUUAUUCAGUUUUAAAUAAAUAAAAAUGCAAGUUGUUUUUAAUGGUUCUACCACAAGUGCUUUAAUGGUUAAACGAGAAAGGUAACAGUGACAAGUAAUUUGUACUGAAGUUGUUAUGGAAAGACAGUGCUUUUGGGACAGAAUCUAUAAUAGUGAUUAUUCCCUUUGUCUGUUUUCCUCUGAAUUUCUUAUGUUUUUAAAAAUGACCACUUACCCUAAUGACAUUAUUUUGUCUCAUAAAUGCUUUAUGUAUGGAGAAGUCUAGUGUCAUGCUUUUAAGUUUGGGAAUAAAGAUCGACUUCAGACUGCC